GACUUUGAAGCGAGUCCACGAAUAUAAUGUGCAAAGUGUAAUAAACUCUCGUGUGUUACGAUAAAACAUAUAAUGGACUGUCAUUAAAUUAAUACUGGUUCCUAAAGUUCAUCAGUCUGACAUUUGACAUGUAGUUACCGUGACAUUGUCACUAGCGCACAGCGACAUGUCACGGGUCAAGUGGCUGGUGCUGUGGUCACUGUGGGCUGCACGCCUGGUGCGCCAGCCGACCGCGACAGUACGGGUCUCUGGGGGCCUGUUACGCGGUUCCAUUGCACCAUCCGGUACGCAUGCAGAAUACUUGGGGAUACCGUAUGCUAGCCUUGGGCCCGAGUACAGAUUUAAGGCCCCAGGACCAGAGACAAAAUGGCAGGGAGUCUACGAGGCUGUCGAUGAGAACAUAAAAUGUCAACAGAAUGCUUACAUAGAAGCUCCUUUUGUAGUUGGCAGGGAGCAUUGUUUAAUUUUAAAUGUAUAUACACCAUUAAACACAAAUAGCAAUAGUUCUUUACCAGUGAUGGUGUUCAUUCAUGGCGGGGGAUAUUUCGAAGGGUCUGCAGGCGGUUUUGUGUAUGGACCCCAGUAUUUAGUUAGCAAAGGAAUCAUACUGGUAACUAUUAACUAUCGUCUCAAUAUCCAAGGAUUUUUAUGUUUACGAACCAAAGAUGCUCCUGGCAAUGCAGGCAUGAAGGACCAAGUAGCCGCUUUGAAGUGGGUUCAACGAAAUGUUAAGGCAUUCGGAGGAGAUCCUGACAAUGUGACAUUGUUUGGUGAAAGCGCUGGCGCUGCAUCCGUUUCCUAUCAUGUUGUUUCUCCAAUGUCAAAAGGUCUCUUCCAUAAAGCUAUAUUGCAAAGUGGAUCGUCACUUAGUGCUUGGGCUUUCCAGUAUAGACCAGUGUACAUGGCCAGUUUGUUGGCGAAAACAAUGGGUUAUACAACUCAAGAUCCCCAUAAGCUAUUUAAGAUAUUUUCUGAUAAAUCUGAUUCAGAAUUAAUCGUCACAAGAGUACCAAGGAAGGAAGGUAAUCAGGUUGUAUCAGAAAUACUUUACACGCCAUGUGUUGAAGAUGAUCUAGAGGGUGAAGAACAAUUUUUAACAGUAUUGCCAUAUGAUGCUUUAAAACAGGGAAAAUAUAAUAAAGUCCCAAUGGUAAUAGGUUCAAAUAAUGAAGAAGGAUAUUUGUUUAUGGGAAUGGAAAACGGCACUACAAUUCCCAAAAUAACAAUUGAAAAAUCUUUGCCAAAAGAUUUGGUGUUCCCAUCAGAAACAAUACGAAAGGAAGUUGCUGAGAAACUUAGAAAAAUGUACAUGGGUGAUGAUGUAAUAUCAAAGGAAACACUACUAAAACUUUCCAGGUUUACUGGUGAAAUGUAUUUGAAUUACCCAACUAUGGAAGAAACUGAUUUAAUAGCUAAAACGAGUGAUAAACCAGUGUACAGUUAUUUGUUCAGCUACAGUGGUUGGAGGAAUAUCGUCAAAUUAUUGCACGGGUAUAUAGACCCUGGGGCUACGCAUGCAGAUGACUUGUUUUAUUUGUUCAGCCAACCUUUAGUAUCAUCGAUGUUUGAGAUGGAAAUGAUCAACAAAAUAACAACAUUGUGGACCAACUUUGCUAAAUAUGGGAACCCAACACCACCUGGUAUGAAAUCCUUAUCUGUGAGAUGGCCAGCAGUGGACCUCUCGUCACCUGUCUCUCUAAACAUAGACUCAGAGCUUAGUAUUAUACCAAUGUGGCACAGAGAGAGUCUCAAGUUCUGGAAAGAAAUAUACAGGAAAUACAGAAGAAAAGAAUAAUUAUUUUUAUAUGUA